AAACCUGUUGGGCCAAUACCAGCAACAAGUGUCCCUUCUUAUGUUUCAGGAAGUGAUCCACGCAGCAUGUUUCCCAUAGUUCCAUUUGCAGGUUGACAGUCCAUACACACAGGCUUCUUGUAAUGAAGUGUCUUUUUCCUACACACAGAGUGGACAUACAGCGGGAGAGAGAGGACAGUAGGAGGCUAUGCAACAUUGGAUCUCGUUGACUCAGCCAAGACAAUGUGGAAGCUUCCCUGUCCAAUGCAGAUAAAGUUAACUUGAAGAGGACAAGCCAUUAGAGGAAUGGCAAUAUCUAAGAAUGGCUUGACCAUAUUUUCCCUUCUAUUGACACUUACUAUUUUGGAAACAGGGAACUUCAUUGAAUGUUCAAGUCUGGUAUUACCGGUACAAAAUGGAGAAGAAGACUUUCUACCUCACACCAGGGAGAAAAGGAGUGCGCUGUUGGCUCCGGUUGAGUACACAGUGGAUGUGGAGCUGAAUGUUACCACUAUCGAGACGUUGGACUACCUUAGGAGCCUCCUGCACAAUGGCAGCUUUACCCUGGCCUUGGGUCCCACUGUGAAUGUCACAGACGUUGACAUCACCACAGUGUGUUAUCCUAAUGGUACCAGCUUCCAGUGCAUAUGUGAAGACCAGUAUGCUUGGUCAUAUAAUAACUGUCUUACAUACGGGGCAUGUGAUGAGAUCACUGACCAAACAUGUGGGUGUAUCAACAGUCUCCCUACCAAUGGGCAAUCCUGCCAGCCAAAGAAAGACUUUUCAGUGUAUCCUCGAACAACACUUUCACCAUCAACAGCUCCUCCAGUUCUUUAUGAAUACAUCAUUUCUGUUGAGUUAAACACCACUGAUACGCUAAUAAAUCAACUGAGGACCACUCUGAGAAGCCUCAGUUACCCCUUCAGCAUCAACAACCACAUACAAAUCUCUGAGGCCAACAUUACUACAGUUUGCUCUCCGAGCAGUGGUGGUUACCGGUGUUUAUGUGAGGAUCAGUAUCGUUGGUCAUGUGACCAGUGUUUCCUGUAUGGAUCCUGUGACAACAUCACUGAUGACACAUGUGGAUGUAUCAAUGCCCUUCCUCCUGAUGGACGGCACUGCCAGCCUGCUGAUCAAUACAACUUCACAGCUUGUCCUAGAACAACAACCUCUCCACCACCUACAAAUUCAACAACUGUCACUACAACUGAUUUAAACACCACAGCUGCUACAUCAAUUGUAACGAAUUCAACACUUGACACUACUACACCCACAGCUCCACCUACAACUGCAGUUACCAAUUCAACCCAAAAUGGAACAACAGAUUUACACACUACGACUUUUGAACCACCAACAACAUUUGUGACAAAUUCAACACCUAUUGCUACACACAUCCAACACCACCACAGCCACAUCGGCACCACAUCUGAAGUCACCAACUCUACAACAGUUAAUACAACACCAACAACUGGAACAAAUUCAACACUUGACACUACUACACCCACAGCUCCACCAACAACUGCAGUUACCAAUUCAACCCAAAAUGGAACAACAGAUUUACACACCACAACUUUUGUACCACCAACAACAUUUGUGACAAAUUCAACACCUAUUGCUACAACACAUCCAAACACCACCACAGCCACAUCGGCACCAUCAUCUGGAGUCACCAACUCUACAACAGUUAAUACAACACCAACAACUGGAACAAAUUCAACACUUGACACUACUACACCCACAGCUCCACCAACAACUGCAGUUACCAAUUCAACCCAAAAUGGAACAACAGGUUUACACACUACGACUUUUGAACCACCAACAACAUUUGUGACAAAUUCAACACCUAUUGCUACAACACAUCCAAACACCACCACAGCCACAUCGGCACCAUCAUCUGGAGUCACCAACUCUACAACAGUUAAUACAACACCAACAACUGGAACAAAUUCAACACUUGACACUACUACACCCACAGCUCCACCAACAACUGCAGUUACCAAUUCAACCCAAAAUAUAACAACAGAUUUACACACUACAACUUUUGUACCACCAACAACAUUAGUGACAAAUUCAACACCUAUUGCUACAACACAUCCAAACACCACCACAGCCACAUUGGCACCAUCAUCUGGAGUCACCAACUCUACAACAGUUAAUACAACACCAACAACUGGAAUAAAUUCAACACUUGACACUACUACACCCACAGCUCCACCAACAACUGCAGUUACCAAUUCAACCCAAAAUGGAACAACAGGUUUACACACUACGACUUUUGAACCACCAACAACAUUUGUGACAAAUUCAACACCUAUUGCUACAACACAUCCAAACACCACCACAGCCACAUCGGCACCAUCAUCUGGAGUCACCAACUCUACAACAGUUAAUACAACACCAACACUGGAACAAAUUCAACACUUGACACUACUACACCCACAGCUCCACCAACAACUGCAGUUACCAAUUCAACACCUAUUGCUACAACACAUCCAAACACCACCACAGCCACAUUGGCACCAUCAUCUGGAGUCACCAACUCUACAACAGUUAAUACAACACCAACAACUGGAAUA